AAACUUGUUUUGUCGUCUUGUUUCCUAUCUGUAGAAACAAAUGGGUGAAACACAGAGGGAAUUUCAGCAGAGAAUUCAGAUGAGAGAGAAGGAGCUGCAGGAGCUGAGAGAGGCUGUGGCCUCAUUCACAAGCUCAGCACAGUCAGCAGUGGAGGACAGCGAGAGGAUCUUCACUGAGAUGAUCCGCUCCAUUGAGAGAAGACGCUCUGAGGUGACAAAGCUGAUCAGAGAUCAGGAGAAGGCUGCAGUGAGUCAGGCUGAAGGAGACAUGGACAGACUGAAGCAGGAGAUCGAUGAACUGAAGAGGAGACACUCUGAGCUGGAGCAGCUUUCACACACAGAAGAUCACAUCCAUUUCCUCCAGAGGCGCCAGGCUCUUCCUGUCACUCCUGAAGCUGGAUUUGGACCCAGAAUCUCUGUCAGUCCCAGAUCUGAUUUUGGGAAUUUGAGGAAGGCAGUUUCUGAGCUGAAAGAUCAACUGGAGAAUGUUUGCAGAAUGAAAAUGGCAGAGAUCCAUCACCAGUUACCAAAGACACCGUCCUACUGGUAUUAGUGCCCAGGACCAGAGCAGAAUUCUUACACUACUCCUGCCAGCUGACGCUGGACCCCAACACAGCAAACAGCCGCCUGUCUCUGUCAGGGGGGAACAGGAAGGUGACAUGGGGGGCAGAGCAGCCAUAUCCUGAUCAUCCAGAGAGAUUUGACAGAUGGAGCCAAGUUCUGUGGAGAGAGAGUCUGACUGGUCGCUGUUACUGGGAGGCUGAGUGGAGUGGAAAUGGAGCCUGGAUAGCAGUGACUUAUAAAGAGAUCAGGAGGAAAGGAGGGAGUUAUGACUGUGGGCUUGGAUUCAAUGACAAGUCAUGGAGUCUGUACUGUAAUACUAACAGUUACUCUGUCCUGCACAAUAAUAAACAGACUCUCAUACCCAUAAAGCCCUCAGGCUCCCGCAGAGUAGGAGUGUAUCUGGACUGGGGGGCUGGUGCUCUGUCCUUCUACAGAGUCUCCUCUGAUGGACUGACCCCCCUGUACAGCUUCACCUCCUCAUUCACUGAACCCCUCAAUCCAGAGUUUUGGGUUUAUCCAAACUCCCCCGUGUCGCUGUGCAUGCUGGGAUAGCUCACUGUGUGCUGGAGGAAUCAUUUUUACCUUAUCAGAGUGUCACAUGUCGCUGCUUCUCCGUGGCAAAAAGGUAAAAUCUCUGCUUUAUAACCAGUAUAACCCUUUUUACUCUGUCUGAAG